GGGGUCCUUCCGCAGUUGUUCUCCAGCCUAGGUCCAGUCAGAGGUCGAUUGGACUACAACUCCCAUCAUCCUCAGCCCGCUGAGCCAGUUGCCGGGCAUGAUGGGAGCUGUAGUCUCCCAUCUCUCCGGAGCCGAUGCCUCCCCCCCUCACCCCCAAAGUCUUUAUUCCCCUGCCUGGCGGAGGAGAAAAGCGACCUUCUGCCUCUCCCCGGAGCGCUGCGUCGGCGGCCCCGCCUGGAGCUGGUGAGUCCCCGCGCCUCUUGCGUGCCUCUGCAGGAAGGGGAGCCCCGGGGUGCAAAGCUGGCCUUAGGGGCCAGGGCGCCUCUGGCUGGGGAAGAUGCCCAGAUCCCUGCACCGGCCGCAGGCUGGAGGGGAAAAGCCACCAUAACGGGUGCAGGAUCCUAUAUCUGCCCCUUCCCUCAUUGCACCCCAUGGGGAAAUGGAAGGCAACCCUGUUUCGGAAAUCUAUGUGUCUUUCUUUCUUUCCCUCUAUAUUUUCUUUGGAAGCCACCCAGAACAGCUGGGGGCAACUCAGUCAGUUGGGCGGGGUAUAAGAAAUAAAGAAGAAGAAGAAGACUGAGCUCAAGCAGGACACACACAGCAUCCACAUAACCACCCAAGAGGAAAAUUUUAUCCUCCCUGGGCAUCUCUGAUAGGAUGGCAUUCCAGCAGAGAAUAAUUUUUUUCGUGGGAGCCGGUUGAAGUUAAACCCUUCGAAGACAGAGGUCCUUUGGCUGGGUCGGGACGAUAUGGGAUUGGGGGGGGGCAACUCCCAUCUCUUGCGGGGGCGCAAUUAGUGCCAGCACCGUCCGUUAAGAGUUUGGGUGUAAUCUUCGAUACCUCCCUCUCCAUGGAGGCGCAGAUUGCAGCUAUAACAAAGGCGGCAUUUUUUCAUCUCCGCCAAUCUAAGCAGUUGGCUCCUUAUCUCUCUCGCCCUGACCUAGCCACUGUGAUCCACGCGACGGUCACCUCCAGACUGGAUUAUUGUAACUUGCUCUACGUGGGGCUGCCCUUGAGACUGACCCAGAAACUCCAGCGGGUGCAGAAUGCCGCAGCGAGACUCCUUAUGGGGUCUUCGCUGCGAGAUCACAUUCACCCGGUGCUAUACCAGCUGCACUGGCUCCCGGUGGAGUACAGGAUCAGGUUUAAGGUGCUGGUUUAAACUUUUAAAGCCCUAUACGGCCUAGGAUCCUCGUACCUACGGGACCGCCUCUCCUGGUAUGUCCCACAGAGGAAUUUACGAUCUUCAAACAAAAACAUCUUGGAGGUCCCAGGCCACAGGGAGGUUAAGGCUGGCCUCAACCAGAGCCAGGGCUUUUUCGGCUGUGGCUCCGAUCUGGUGGAACGCUCUGCCACAAGAGACUAGGGCCCUGCAGGACUUGACAUCUUUCCGCAGGGCCUGCAAGACAGAGCUGUUCCACCAGGCCUUUGGCCAGGGCACAGCCUGACUCCCUCCUUUGGCAAUCUUCACAGAACUCUAGCCCAAUGGUUGCCAUCAAUUUGAUUUGAAUUAAUUUUAUAAUGAAAUGAUUUUAGAAUGUUGUAUUAUUUUAUUGUUGUUAGCCGCCCUGAGCCCGGCUUCGGCUGAGGAGGGCGGGAUAUAAAUAAAAAUUUAUUAUUAUUAUUAUGGGCAUCCUAUGCCCAUGUUGUCUAGUCUGGGGUGCAUAGGGAGGAAUGGGGGGGGACACCACAAAGAAUCAAAACAAGGAAGAAAAAGAGUGGCGCUGGUGCUUACUGAUGCAAGGCUAGUCUUAGGUCCAUCUGCCAGGAGAUUCGGGAAGAGGGUAAAAAAGCUCCCAUUGCAGCAUUUUCCUUGCCCUCCGGAAGCCUAUCUGCAGCAUAGCAGGAUUAUUUUAAGGAGGGGAAGGUUAACCUACUUACAGGCUGUGACCUACCUCCACCACACCUCAAAAAAAGAAAAGAAAAAUCAUUCCUGCGCUGCAACUGAUUCCUGCACUAUGCCAUCAGACAGCUAGAUAUCUCACUGCUACAAGAUGCAGUAGAUGGUUCUCCCCCUCCUGAUUUAAUCCCCACAACAGCCCUGUUAGGCUGAGAAGCAGCUGCUGGCCCAAGGUCGCACCCAGUGAGUGAGUGAGUGGCAAAGGAAUUGUGUGGGAUAAAUAGCAUGUGGGAGGCGGGGCCUGGUUCUUGCCCCACCCACAUUGGGCUCUGGCACCUCCUACCACGUGUUCCAGCCCCUCCCACUUCCGGCGUGCGUUCCCCCAGCCCCUUCUCCCCCCAUUUGCUAACGGGACAAUGUCACACUUGGCAGGAUUUGGUGGUCUGCUCCAAUUGCUCCCCUCUCUGCCUCUAGACGGAAAUCGGUGGGAGGUUUUCCCAAUGGAUGAGAAAAACCCAGCUGGCCUUGAAGGAGGAAGAGACCCCGAGCCUGGGAGCAGUGGGGAAUUCUGGAAAAGAACUGUGGAGAGCAUCCUGGGAGAGGAAGAGACGCUCAGCUUAGAUGUCCAGCGCUGGCAUUUCAGGCAGUUCCGCUACCAGGAAGCUGAGGAGCCUCAAGAGGUUUGCAGCCGGCUCCACCAUCUUUGUCGUCAGUGGCUGAAGCCGGAGAGACACACCAAGGCUCAGAUCCUGGACCUGGUGGUCCUGGAGCAGUUCUUGGCUGUCCUCCCUCUGGAGAUGGAGAACUGGGUCAGGGAAUGUGGAGCAGAGACCAGCUCCCAGGCGGUGGCCCUGGUCAAAGGUUUCCUCCUGAGCCGGGCAGAGGCCAGGAAGCAGGAAGAGCAGCAGGUGAGAACAUUUUUAUUCCUUCAUCUAUAGAUCUCAGCACGGUUCACAACAUAAAAUGACAACAUAAGAAACACAGUGUUUUGUUAGCUUCAAAAUGGAAAACGGGUGAGGUCCCAACUAAAGAAGAAUGGCAACUUAAAUCAAUGGAAUAUGUGCAGCUUGCAGAUUUAACAUAUAGAAUAAGAGAACAAGAAGAACAUAAGUUUAGAAAAGAUUGGGAAAUGUUUAUUGAAUAUAUGGGGGGGAACUGUGUACACUUGAAAAUGUUGGCAGCAUUAAGAUAAAUUCAGCAGUGUAAAUAAGUAUUGAUGGAUGUAAUAAUGGAAUGGUUUAGUUUAUGUAUAAUAUGUAGGUAUUUAUGAUAUGCAAAAUGAACCAUGCAAGAGUAGAAGGGAAGUCACUGAUAUUUUAAGGUUGUCUAAAUGAACAUUCUAAAACGUAAAACAGAAAUUGUUAAUGAAAAUUAUAUUGACGAUAUAAGAAACACAAAAUACAUACGGUAGUCAGAAUUAGAACCAAAACAAACCAAAGGCAGUGAAGGUGAAGGAGGAUUUCCUAAAACUAUCUAAAAGGCGUAAAGAGAUGACCUGAUAGAAGUUUAUAAAAUGAGUCAUAGUACGAGAACGUGAAUAGUUUCCCCGCCCCCCCCAUCCCUCUCUCAUAACAUGGUAACUUUGAGAUAUCCAAGCUGAAUUCAGGACAGAAAGUAAUUCUUCAUGCAGCACAUACUUUAAACCAUGGAACUCCUUUUUUAAAAAAAAUUAUUUAAUCUUUUUUUGAUACAAACAACAACCGCAAAAGACACUGCAACAAAAACCAUAAUAACAAUAACACAAUUUGACAAUUCAGAUUUAAAUACACUGAUAUACCUAGGUAUGUCAGUGUAAACUAUGGAACUCCUUGCCACCGGAGGCAGUGAUGGCCGCCAUCUUGGAUGGCUUCAAAAGAGAACUGGCAAGUUCAUGAAGGAGAGGCCUAUUCACAGCUACUAGCCAGGAUGGCUAUGCUGUGGCUCCAUGGCUUGUUGUUGUUGUUUAGUCGUUUAGUCAUGUCCAACUCUUUGUGACCCCAUGGACCAAAGCACGCCAGGCACUCCUGUCUUCCACUGCCUCCCGCAGUUUGGUCAGACUCAUGUUUGUUGCUUCGAGAACACUGUCCCACCAUCUCGUCCUCUGUCGUCCCCUUCUCCUUCUGCCCUCCAUCUAUCUGAACAUCAGGGUCUUUUCCAGGGAGUCUUCUCUUCUCAUGAGGUGGCCAAAGUAUUGGAGCCUCAGCUUCAGGACCUGUCCUUCCAGUGAGCACUCAGGGCUGAUUUCCUUCAGAAUGGAGAGGUUUGAUCUUCUUGCAGUCCAUGGGACUCUCAAGAGUCUCCUCCAGCACCAGAAUUCAAAAAGCUCCAUGGAAGGAGGCAGUAACUCUUCUGAAUGUCAGUCGCUGGAAACCGCACACAAGAGCUCGAAUCGUGCAUUUGGGUUUCCCACGGGCACCUGGUUGGCCACUGUGAGAACAGGACGCUGGACUAGAUGGGCCCUUAGCUUAUGUUCCUGAAGGCUUCUAGUUAGCCAGCCUGGACAACCGAAUGCUGGAACUGGAUAGGCUAUUUUGGUCUAAUUCUUCUGACGCACCUUUGCCUCUGCCAUCCUUUUCCUAAUGCUUUCCACUCCCAUCUCUGCUCCAGGAGAAAGGCCUGCUUGCAGAAGCGAGCGCCAGAUUUUCUGACUCGGAGGAAGCUCUUCCGGGGACGAGGCAGAGCCCCCCACAACGCGGGAUCGCCCCAGAGCGUGACAGAGGGGCCACCUUGCUUGGUAAGGAUCUCUGCAUGGGUGGGGAAACUGUGGCCUCCCAAAUGUCGCUGGACCCCACCUCCCAUCAGCCUCUGACUGACAGGUGUCAGGGACUGGGCAGAGGAGGAGGAGGAGUUCAGAAUCACAAGAGGGAUUUGAGGGAGGUCACAGCUCGGAGGAAGAGGAGAAGAAGAAGCACCUUGGGGGGCGAUUGCUGACGGACUCAGUGUCUUUAGAAAGCAUUCCAGACCCCCUCUCUCGGAACCUGGCGGGCCUUGAAAGUAGGAGUGCAAUGGACUAUGCAGAACUAGAUAAAUUACAGUGGUACCUCGGGUUAAGUACUUAAUUCGUUCCGGAGGUCCGUUCUUAACCUGAAACUUUUCUUAACCUGAAGCACCACUUUAGCUAAUGGGGCCUCCUGCUGCUGCUGUGCCGCCAGAGCACAAUAUCUGUUCUCAUCCUGAAGCAAAGUUCUUAACCUGAAACACUAUUUCUGGGUUAGCGGAGUCUGUAACCUGAAGCGUAUGUAACCUGAAGCGUAUGUAACCCGAGAUACCACUGUAACAGGAAGGAUUCGAAACCUGCAGGAUCAGAGAUUCUUAGACGACUGGAGUAAAUAUAUGAACUACAGUGAUACCUCUGGAUGCGAACAGGAUCUGUUCUGGAGCCCUGUUCGCAUCCUGAAGCAAACGCAACCCGCAUCUGCGUGUGCGUGGGUCGCAAUUUGCCGCUUCCGCACAUGCGCGUGACGUCAUUUUGACCGUCUGUGCAUGCACGAUCAGCAAAACCCAGAAGUAACGCGCUCCCUUACUUCCGGGUCACCACGGAGCGUAACCCGAAAUACUCAUCCUGAAGCUACUUCAACCUGAGGUAUGACUGUACAGUGGUACCUCGGGUUGCAUACGCUUCAGGUUACAGACGCUUCAGGUUACAUACGCUUCAGAUUACAGACUCCGCUAAUCCAGAAAUAGUACCUCAGGUUAAGAACUUUCCUUCAGGAUGAGAACAGAAAUCACGUGGUGACAGCAGGAGGCCCCAUUAGCUAAAGUGGUUCUUCAGGUUAAGAACAGUUUCAGGUUAAGAACGGACCUCCGGAACGAAUUAAGUUCUUAACCCGAGGUACCACUGUAUUACGAUGGAGGGGUAGGGGGGCAGAGUGGUAUUCAUUGCAAUUGCAAAAAAAGAGAGGAAGGAAUUUAAUGAAUGCUUGUAGGCGCAAGCGAGGUUAAGAACAGCUGGUGUCAGCCAGCAGUGACGUCCCCUCCCUCUUUCCACCCAGGCCAGAGCAAAAUGCUCACACAAAACCCUUCCCAUGUCAGUGAAUCCGUAACAUUAUACACACACACACACAGUGGUACCUCAGGUUACAGACGCUUCAGGUUACAUACGCUUCAGGUUACAGACUCUGCUAACCCAGAAAUAGUACCUCGGGUUAAGAACUUUCCUUCGGGAUGAGAACAGAAAUCGUGCGGCGGCGGCAGGAGGCCCCAUUAGCUUAAGUGGUGCUUCAGGUUAAGAACAGUUUCAGGUUAAGAACGGACCUCCGGAACGAAUUAAGUAUGUAACCAGAGGUACCGCCUUAUCUGAAAAGUAAUUGUGAUGAACAGACUACGCUAGUAGGACUGCAAGAAGUUUUGUUAGGUGGAUUAUUUGAAAAAUUGCAAGAAAGACUAUGAAAAGAAUUAUUAGUUAAGGACAAUUAAAUGUAAUAGGAAAUUAAGAAAUGCAGAAUAAGUGAUAAAGAACAGAAAAUCAUCAGAGGUGUUGACGGAAGUAAAAAAUAUCAUGUAAGAAGUGAAGAUAUGUUAUAUGACUGUUGGAACUGAUAUGUUAUAUAUAUAUAUAGUAGGAGAGCAAAGAGUUGCAGCACCCGUAGCGAUGACCCAUGAGGAAAUGGGAGAGACAGAGAGGGUGGAGAUUCGCCUGGGGCAACACCAUUAUUCCACAAGGCUGCAUUCCCAAGCCUCUCUCUGUGGAUGUUGAAUAAAAAGCAGAUGGCAAGGACUUUUCCUCGUUUUAUCCAUUCCUGGCAACCUGCCGUGGGGGUUGGUUCCUCUGCCACCUGACGCCAGGCCACUACUGAGGGAUGCUGGCAGUUGGAGUCUAGCAGCAGCAGCUGGGCCAGAGAUUCCCCAUCCCUGGAUCGCUAUGAUAACGCUUCAUCCUUGGGUAUGCUCGUGUUUUUUACUUACUCCACAUCCAUUGCGCUUGGAUAGCUCGGUUGGUUAGAGCGCGGUGCUGUCAACGCCGAGGUUGCAGGUUCGAUCCCCGUACGAACUUCCUGCAACGACAGGAUGUGGGGGCAAAUCCGUUAAGUGGUUCAUGGCGCAACCUGGGAGGCAAGGCAACCCGAAACAGACUUCUUGCCCCUGAAAAGUGUUGGUGCUGACCUUUAAAGCCCUAAGUGGCCUCAGUCCAGUAUACCUGAAGGAGCGUCUCCACCCCCAUCGUUCUGCCCAGACGCUGAGGUCCAGCUCCGAGGGCCUUCUGGCGGUUCCCUCACUGCAAGAAGCCAAGUUACAGGGAACCAGGCAGAGGGCCUUCUCGGUGGUGGCACCCGCCCUGUGGAACGCCCUCCCACCAGAUUUCAAAGAGAUAAACAACUACAAGACAUCUGAAGGCAGUUCUGUUUAGGGAAGCUUUUAAUGAUUAAUAGGUUACUGUAUUUUAAUAUUCUGUUGGAAACCGCCCAGAGUGGCUGGGGAAACCCAGCCAGAUGGGUGGGGUAUAAAUAAUAAAUUAUUAUUAAAUUAUUAUUUGUCUCUUGCAGGAGAGGGAAUGAUGCCAGCAACAUGUAGCGGGUCAUCUCUCCCUGGUGGUGGAAGGGAUGGAGCUGCGAUGGAAAAGGAUCUGGUAAGGAGAAGGAUCACUGGGGAGAUGGAGAGGGGCUCACUUUUCUGGAUAUGUCUCAUUCCCCUAGCAUCUGCCCACCAAGCCUGUUAUGGAUGCCAUUGUCGGGGUGAGACAUUCGUUUGCCAGACAUCAUGCAAUUUCCAGAAGCUGCUUUCUUGCUGGUUUCGUUUGGUUUAGUUUUGUUUUUACAUCCGCAAGCUCAACACUCAAUACAUGCUCAGUUUCUGGAACUGAGUAAGAGUCCGUUUAGUCUGAACAUAAACCUCAAAAUGAAAGGAUGUACAGUGGUGCCCCGCAAGACGAAUGCCUCGCAAGACGGAAAACUCGCUAGACGAAAGAGUUUUCCGUUUUGGAGGUGCCUCAUAAAAGCAGAUCUGCUAUGGGCUUGCUUCGCAAGGCGAAAAUGUCUUGCGAGUUCCUGGGUUUUUUUUUUCCUUUUCCCCCUCUUUUUCUAAGUCGCUAAGCCGCUUAUCUGCUUAUCCGAUAAGCUGAUAAGCUGCUAAAAGCCGCUAAAAGCGCUAAUAGUGCUAAUCCGCUAAUCCGUCAAUGGGCUUGCUUCGCAAGACGAAAAAACCGCUAGACGAAGAGACUCCCAGAACGGAUUCUUUUCGUCUUGCGAGGCACCACUGUAGUCCUUUGAGGGCGGGGUGUGUCUUGCAGCCAACUAUGGCAAGACCUUAAAAAGACUUAGAAAGAAGUUUGCCUCUAUUGGAGAAGCAGGUAAAUAGUUUUUGGAAUUGUUAAGCUUUUAAAGCCAGUAGUAAAAAAAAAGUUCUAUCUAUACCAGAUUGUGUUGCUGUGAUUUAUUGGUGUGCUGGCACCUGGAAUUCCUAAUAAUAAUAAUAAUAAUUUAUUAUUUAUACCCCACCCAUCUGCCUGGGAUUCCCCAGCCACUCCGGGCGGCUAUCAACAAAAUAUUAAAAACACAAUAAAACAUCAAACAUAAAAAACUUCCUGAUACAGGGCUGCUUUCAGAUGUCUUCUAAAAGUCAGAUAGUUCUUUAUCUCCUUGACAUCUGAUGGGAGGGUGUUUCACAGGGCGGGUGCCACUACAGAGAAGGUCCUCUGCCUGGUUCCCUGUAACCUCACUUCUCACAGGGAGGGAGCUGGCAGAAGGCCCUCAGAGCUGGACCUCAGUGUCUGGACUGGACGAUGGGGGUGGAGACACUCCUUCGGGUACACUGGGCCAAGGCCAUUUAGGGCUUCAAAGGUCAGCACCAACACUUUGGAUUGUGCUUGGAAACGUACUGGGAGCCAAUGUAGGUCUUUCAGGACUGGUGUUAUAUGAUCCCAGCGGCCGCUCCCGGUCACCAGUGUAGCUGCCGCAUUCUGGGUUAGUUGUAUUUUCCGGGUCACCUUCAAAGGUAGCCCCACAUAGAGCACAUUGCAGUAGUCCAAGCAGGAGAUAACCAGAGCAUGCACGACUCUGGCGAAAUAGUCUGUGGGCAGGUAGGGUCUCAGCCUGUGUACCAGAUGGAGCUGGUAGACAGCUGCCCUGGACACAGAAUUGACCUGCGCCUCCAUGGACAGCUGUGUCCAAAAUGUCUCCCAGGCUGCGCACCUGGUCCUUCAGGGGCACAGUUACCCCAUUCAGGAUCAGGGAGUCCCCCACACCCACCUGUCCCCCCAAAACAGUACUUCUGUCUUGUCAGGAUUCAACCUCAAUCUGUUAGCCGCCAUCCAUCCUCCAAUCACCUCCAGACACUUCAAUUUACUUCAAGGCUGCGUGGAAAAUGUGUUGGACCCAGUGUAGUGUUUCUGGCUGUGCAAACUUCAGCAAGCCUUGGAAAAAUGCACAACAGGUUGUUGUGGCAGCUUGCAGAUUCUCAACAGAUUAUGGGUGGUUUCCAUAAUCCCUGACAGCCAUUAAGUGCUAUUCUCCCCUCAAAAGGACCCCAGGGCUGCAAAUGCGUCUGUGAUAAAAAUCAGGGAAUUUUGUUUUUGUUUUUUGGAGCAGGAGCUGGGGGGAACUGAACUCCCUUACCUUUUAAAAAUUAAAUAAUAAUAAUUAUUUUUUUGUCUGAGGGGGCUGGAACAGAUAUAUACCCACAAUGCCUCAGCCAAAAAUCCCCCUCCAUCUGUCAUCAAUAAAGUUUUAGCCAUUUCAAAUCCAGAUCAUUGUCUGCUUGAGUUUAUUAAUCACAACUUGCAUUUAGCCACUGCCUGGGAGAGGGGCACUGUGACUGGGCCUGCAACAAACAAACAUAUUUAGUGGUAAGUUCCCCCACCUAUUUUCCCAGGGGAAAAAAUCACUGGAUGAAAUAAUACAAUUAAAAAGAAAACCGAAUCGUUUUUAAAAACCAAAGACAAACCUAUGGACCAUGCAGCUACAUGGUAGCCAUUCAUGAAUUACGUCCAAAUACAAACUUACAGCUGGCAGGCUCCUGUAAAGUAUAGUUUUAUCUGGAUUUGAUUGUAUACCAGAACUUUUUGACUGCUCAGUUGCACUUCCAUGAAAUCAUAGCCUUAUCAUUCGUAGCAUUGAUUUCAUCUCUCUGCAAUAACCAUUUCUCCGUUGUGCGUCAUUUUCUUUCUAAAGUUGCGGGUCAAACAGGCAAGCUGUAACCUAAACCAAACAGUUAAAAUUAAUGUUAAAAAAUACACUAAUUGGAGUAACGAAGGAGGUGCAGUGUUAUAAAUCUUAAAAAUAUAAGAAACCGCAAAAGGAGUGGGGGAAGUCAAUUUAUAUUUUUAUAUAUUUAUAUUAUUUAUAUUAUUUAUAUUUAUAUUUAUAUUUAUAUUUAUAUUUAUAUUUAUAUUUAUAUUUAUAUUUAUAUUUGUUGGGAAACAUUGGAGUGUUUUUAUGUCAAAACACUUUUGAAAAAUAGGGGGGGAAAUUAUAAUAAAGAAAAACAGGCACGCUGUGGUUCGUUUCUGUAUCUCUCAAACAUGUGCAUGUAAUGAAAUGAAAUAGCUUUUUAAAAACGGUUUAAUCAACAGUUGCAAGCAUCUUAAAACACACAUUGAAAUGCAAUUUAAUAGAAUGAAAAUGUUUAAAUGGAUUUUAAACCACAUGCACGGGGAUUAACCCAAACCAUCCUCGGCGCUAAAACCCACCCACCUCGUCUGCACUUGGGAUUUUGCUGGUAAAUAAAUGUUCCGUCAUCGGUGAGGAGGACAUGUUUGCUUCUCUUCCAGGAUUUGGUGACCUUCGAGGAGGUGGCUGUGAAUUUCUCUGAGGAAGAAUGGGCCCUUCUGGAUCCGGACCAAAGGUCCCUGCACAGGGAAGUCAUGGAGGAGAACUGGGAGAUUCUGGCCUCUCUGGGUAAAACACAGCUUUUUUCUUUAGCUGAUUAUCUCUGCAGCACAUAGAACUGUAGAGCUCGAAAAUGACCAGGGAUCACGUAUUCCAACUCCCUGCAAGGGAAGCCUUAUUCAUUUAUCCACAGUCAUUUUUAGCACUGUUGAUUUUCAAUUCCUUUGAGCGGCUAAAAUAGUUGUUUUUAACUGGUUUUUGCUGAAAAGUUCAUUGUUUUCUUCUUUUUUAAAAAAAUUCUUUUUAUUCGUUUUCCAAAUUUUUACAAACCAAAUUACUUUAAUAUAAUACGAUUUCUUAAAAUCAGGUUUCCCGCUCGUGUUGCAAACAUAUGUUGAUCAUUUCCUCCCAUAGCUGCAUCAUUUCUUAUUUAAUGUUCGGUUGUCACCCAGUUGCUGACCACAUUUUCCCAUUGUUUUAUUCUUUUUGUAAAAUGCUUUGAGGUUUUUUCUCUUACAGUCAAGGGGUACCGUAUUUUUCGCUCCAUAGGGCGCACCUGACUAUGGGGCGCACCUAGUUUUCAGAGGGGGAAAUCAAGGGAAAAAAUAUGAUUCCCCCCCCCCAGCUGUGGGAGCAGCGGACAGGCUGCAGGCAGCCUGUGCGCUUCUCCCAGACCUUCUCCCUGUUUUUAUGGGAGGUGGGGGAAUUCCCCCAUCUCCCGCAAAAGCCCACAGGAGCCACGCAUCCUUUAAGGAGCGCACGGCUCCUGUGGGCUUUUCUACGAGGAGGGAGAAGGGACUGAUGUGGCCAGUUAGUCCCUUCUCCCUCCUGGGGAAAAGCCCGCAAGAGCCGCACGGAGCUUGUGUGCGGCUCUUGGGGGCUUUUCCCACCUGCCUCCCCCCUGCAUUCGCUCCAUAGGACACACACACAUUUUCCCUUUGUUUUUAGGAGGGAAAAAGUGCGUCCUAUAGAGCGAAAAAUACAGUAUAUAAAACUCAUUAAUUAAAUGUACGUCUCUAGAGGACGUACAGAAUUAUAUAUAUAUAUAUAUUUAAGAAAAAAGAACCCAGCUUAAAAACAGCACAGAACAGAAUCACAGAUAAAUUUAGAAACACACACACACACAGUGGAGAAACUAGGUGUUCCAGCAGGGAAACCUUGUCUGAACAAAAACGAGUGCUGAGAGUUGUCAGGAGAGACCCCUGUUCCCUUCACAGUGCUAUAGUUCCCAGAGUGGCUUAGGAGUCAAUCCUUCUUCCCAGACGACUCUGGGAAUUGUAGCUCUGUGAGUGGAAUAGUCAUUUUGGACUCACAGCCGUCCAUGGAGGCGCAGGUCAAUUCUGUGUCCAGGGCAGCUGUUUAUCAGCUCCAUCUGGGACGCAGGCUGAGACCCUACCUGCCCGUGGACUGUCUCGCCAGAGUGGUGCAUGCUCUAGUUAUCUCCCGCUUGGACUACCGCAAUGCACUCUACAUGGGGCUACCUUUGAUGGUGACCUGGAAACUACAACUAAUCCUGAAUGCAGCAGCUAGACUGGUGACUGGGGGCAGCCAUCAAGACCAUAUGACACCGGUCCUGAAAGACCUACAUUGGCUCCCAGUAUGUUUCUGAGCGCAAUCCAAAGUGUUGGUACUGCCCUUGAAAGCCCUAAACGGCCUCGGUCCAGUAUACCUGAAGGAACAUCUCCACCUCCAUUGUUCUACCCGGACACGGAGGUCCAGCUCCGAGGGCCUUCUGGCGGUUCCCUCACUGCGAGAAGCCAAGUUACAGGGAACCAGGCAGUGGGCCUUCUCGGUAGUGGCACCUGCCCUGUGAAACACCCUCCCAUCAGAUGUCAAGGAGAUAAACAACUAUCUGACUUUUAGAAGACAUCUGAAGGCAGCCCUGUAUUGGGAAGUUUUUAAUGUUUGAUGUUUUAUCGUGUUUUUAAUAUUCUGUUGGGAGCCGCCCAGAGUGGCUGGGUAAUCCCAGCCAGAUGGGCGGGGUAUAAAUAAUACUAUUAUUAUUAUUAUUAUUAUUAACCACUCUCAGAGCCCUUAAGAAACUACAGCCCUCACGAUGCUUUGAGGGAAGGUAUAGGCAACCUGCUGUGGUCUACUAAACGUUCCUCAAUUACAACUCCCUCCUCCAUUCACCUUUGGCCAUGGAGCUGCCCCGUCCACAGUUAUUUCUGGCAGGAGCUUCUCGGUGCUGGCUCCCCCUCCUGAGUGAGGCGCAGCUGUCUCUGUUACUGAUCUUCAGGAGAAAGUUAAGAGCAUUCCUGUUUACCCAGGAGUUCGAUGGCUGAGAGAUACUGGCCAUAGCAACCAUGAAAGUAAUAACUCUGGGGGUAUGUUAUUGUUGUCAGGUCGAAAGUAAUAAUUAUGGGGGUAUGUUAUUGUUGUCAGAUCUUCCAAAUGUUCUUAAGACUGUUUUGAAUGGUUUUUAAACACUUUAAAUACGUUUCUUUUUAAAAUUCAAUUUUUAAAUUGGGCUGUUUUAACAUCUGAAGAAGUGUGCAUGCACACGAAAGCUCAUCCCAAUAACAAACUUAGUUGGUCUCUAAGGUGCUACUGGAAGGAAUUUUUUAAUUUUGUUUCAACAUUUUGCUGUUUGCUUUUCUGGGCUCCUUUGGGAGGAAAGGCAGGAAACAAAUCUAACAAACUGUUUGUUAAUAACAGUAUUAAUAAGUUUAGUUACAUUGGGGUCAGUCUAGCAGGCUUCCUCUCCCUGUGCUAAAAUGGUGGUGAUGAUGCUAAUAAUAGUAAUAAUUUUAUUACGGUCGUACCUUGGUUCUUGAACGGAAUCCGUUCCAGAAUCUGUUUGACUUCCGAAAACGGUCAAAAACCCAGGCGCGGCUUCUGAUUGGCUGCAGGAGCUUCCUGCACUCAAUCAGAAGUCGCGGAAGCCAUGUUGGACAUUUGGCUUCCAAAAAACGUUCGCAAACCAGAACCCUCACUUCUGGGUUUGUGGCGUUCAGGAACCAAAACAGACAAGUACCAAGGUGUUCGACAACCAAGGUAUGACUGUAUUGGUACCCCGCCCAUCUGUUUUGGUUGCCUCAGCCACUCUGGGCUGCUUCCAGCAUAUACAAAAACAUUCCCUCUUAAGUCUUUUCAGCCCUUAUCACAACUGUUUGAGUCGUUCUAUGAUUUGAGGCUUCAUUUCUGACUGAUUUCCCUCCUCCGUUCCAGCAGGUGAUGAAUGGGACAGUGAGGAGAAGGGAGACUCUCCCAGGAUGUCUCUGGAAAGAGACACAUGUGAGAAGAGGGAACAGCAGAGAAGGAAAACCGAAGCAAAUCAGAAGAUGAGGGGAAAAGCCUCUGCCUCUCAGGACACUGACUGCCACGAAAUCGCAGCUCAGGAAGACAUGGAUGAGAGACAGGAAAAGAACAGCCCUUCCAUGCUGAGGGAAACAGAGGAGAAACCAUAUCAGUGCUUGGAGUGUGGAAAGAGCUUCCAUUUCAGUUCCGACCUGACUUGCCAUUUCAGAACCCAUACGGAGGAGAAGCCAUAUGUAAGCCUAGAGUAUGGAAAGGGCUUUAGCGUGACAACAGGCCUCAUGGCCCAUCAAAGUAUUGACACAGAAGAGAAACCAUAUAAAUGCCUGGACUGUGGAGAGAGUUUCUGUUUGAUCCACUCGGUGGAGGAACCAUAUCAGUGCUUGGAGUAUGGAAGGAGCUUCACGGAGAAUUCAAAUCUCACUUCCCACCAAAGAACCCAUGUGGAGGACAGAUGCCUGGAGCGUGGAAAGACUUUCGGUUCGAAUGCAGAACUGUCUUCCCAUCGAACAACCCACAAAGGGGAGAAACCAUAUAAAUGCUUGGAAUGUGGAAGGAGCUUCAGCGGCAGAACAGCCCUCGUCUCCCAUCAGACGACUCACACAGGGGAGAAACCAUUUAAGUGCACCGAGUGUGGAAAGAGCUUCAGUCAGAAGGUAAACCUCACUUCUCAUCAGAGAACCCAUACAGGGGACAGGCCGUACAAAUGCUUGGAGUGUGGGAAGAGCUUCCAUUUCAGUUCCAACCUUACUUGCCACCAAAGAGUUCACACAGGGGAGAAGCCGUAUGGAUGCCUGGAAUGUGGAAAGUGCUUCAGCGGGAGAACAGGCCUCAUUGCUCAUCGAAGUAUUCACACAGGCGUGAGACCAUAUAAAUGCCUGGAGUGUGGAAAGAGCUUCAGUCAGAAGGUGAAUCUCAAUACUCAUCAGAGAACCCACACAGGGGACAGACCAUAUAAAUGCUUUGAGUGUGGAAAGAGCUUCCGUUCAAGUCCGGAACUUUCUUCCCAUCAAACAACUCACACAGGGGAGAAACCCUACCAGUGCUUGCAAUGUGGAAAGUGCUUCAGCGUAAGAACAGGCCUCAUUGCCCAUCAAACAACUCACACAGGAGAGAAACCGUAUCAGUGCUACGAGUGUGGAAAGAGCUUCAGCCAAAAGGUAAAUCUUGCUUCUCACCAGAGAACCCACACAGGGGACAGGCCAUAUCAAUGCUUGGAGUGUGGGAAGAGCUUCCAUUUCAGUUCUAACCUUACUUGUCAUCAGAGAGUUCACACAGGGGAGAAGCCAUAUGGAUGCUUGGAGUGUGGAAAGAGUUUCAGUGGGAAAACAGGUCUCAUUGCUCAUCAAAGAAUUCACACAGGAGAGAAACCCUACCAGUGCUUGGAGUGUGGAAAGAGUUUCAUUCAAAAGGUGAAUCUCACUUCUCAUCAAAGAAUUCACACAGGAGAGAAGCCAUAUAAAUGUUUGGAGUGUGGAAAGAGUUUCCGUUCAAGUCCGGAACUUUCUUCCCAUCAAACAACUCACACAGGGGAGAAACCAUAUAAUUGUUUGGAGUGUGGAAAGAGUUUCAGUCGAAGCCCAAACCUUGCUUCUCAUCAGAGAAUUCACACAGGGGAGAAACCCUAUCAAUGCUUGGAGUGUGGAAAGAGCUUCAGUAGGAGCACAUACCUCUCUUCUCAUCAAAAAAAUCAUGUGGGGGAGAAGCCCUAUAAAUGUUCAGACUGUGGCAUGACAUUUUCUGUUAAAUCAAGCCUUGCUUCUCAUCAACGAAUUCACACAGGGGAGAAACCCUACCAGUGCUUGGAGUGUGGAAAGAGCUUCAUUCAGCGUGGAAUCCUGACUACCCAUCAAAGAACUCAUACAGGGGAGAAACCGUAUAAAUGCCUGGAAUGUGGAAGGAGCUUCAUUCAACGCGGAAUCCUGACUAAACAUCAAAUGACUCACUCUCGUGACAAAAUAUUAAUGCAUGGCAUGUGGAAAGGGUUUCAGUAGAAGCAUGCGUCUCACUUUCCAUUAAAGAAUUCACACUGGGGAGAAGCUAUAUAAAUGUUUGGGGUGCGGGAAGAGCUUCUGCGUAUGCACACACACCUGUGCACAUUGAAGAAUCCACAAAGCGGAGAACCCUAUAAGUGAAGCGUGGAAAAAUCUUAAGCACGCAUGAAAUCCUUUCUGGGCAUCCAAUAAUUCGUACUAGGAAGAACUCAUUAAAAACAUUUAUGGAGUGUUGAAAGGUUCUUUGUGGGAAGACUUAAGAUGAUCCCUGCUGGGUCAGAACAGUAGGAAACGUAAUAAGCAGGGUGUGAGGUCAACACACUAUCCCACUUCUGUUCCCGAGUGACGAGGAUUCAGAUGCACGCCCUCUGAUUCUGAAGGCAAUAUAUAUCCAUCAUGAAUGGUAGCCAUUAGCAGUCUUAUCCUUGACACAUUUGUCUAAUUGUACUACAUCUUGUGGCAGUGAAUUCUGUAGUUUAGCUAUGUGCUGUGUGGAGAAGGUCUUCCUUACCCGUCCUGGAUUUUCUACUGUUUACCUUCAUUAGAUGAUAGUAGAACUGUAGCUUUGGAAGGAACAACCUCUUACAAUAUAGGAAUAACUGCGAAGGAAUCCUUGACCACCCAACCUAGUUUAAAAAUAUCCUUCUUACCGUCAGAAUGACAAUUGCAACUGACUGCUCGCCCUUUACCCACGGGUCCAACAACAACUAAAACACAAAAUUAAAAACAAUUUAAAACGACUUAGGGUGGGUCCUAAAAAUAUACAUCUAUAGCGUCAGAAGCAGUAAGAGGCGCAUCUUCAGCGUUUGUGAAAACGAAGGUGCCAGUUAUGUCUCUGUGGGGAGUUUCACAAUUUAGGGGCUGCCACAGAGAAGGCCCUCUUAUGGCUACAAGAUGGUAUAGUGUAAUGGAAAUAAAUUAGGGUUGACAUAUGUCCGGAAUUUGGCCGCCGGCAACGGUGACCGGGCGGAAAGCUCUGACAUGUCCGGGAAAAUCCGGAAGUGUUGAUUUUUAGAAUGAUAUUUAGAAAGGAAGUUUCAGAGCUCAACGACUUUGGCCAAAACUUAAAAAAAAAAAAUAGCUCAACAAUUUUUGUGUUCAGAUUUUCACUUUUUGAAAUACGGCACCCCUAAAUAAAUGCAUGGGUGGGUAAGCCUGUUCUUUUCCUCUGGGAAGGCUGAAGAAAGGGGUUGGCUGAAAUUUAUAUCUUGAAGCCGGCCAGAACCAGCAUGAUUUGAGGAAAGCAGCCUUGAGAAAGAACAAAAUGUUAAAUAUAAGGAAAUUGCCCAAAGCAGGGCUGCUGAGGGGUGUGGCUGAAGAGGUUUGGACCAGGGAAAGUUCUGAGGGGCUGGAUUUGGCCCCUGGGGCAAAGGAUCCCUGUGCCUGCUCUGCUGGGUUGAGGUUGAGAUGAGUUUAUCUGAGAGAUCGUCUUACCCCAUAUAUAACCAUUGACCACUUUGAUCUGCGGAGCUGGCGCUGUGGCAAGUGCCACAUAAUAGUCAUUCCACAUUUGUAAAAAAUAAAAUGUAUUUUACCAUGGCAGCACCCACAUGUUGGAACUCCCUGCUGAUUGACAUCGGGCAGCUGCCGUCCCUGUAACCUUUUCGUCAGCUGUCGAAAACAUUUUUUGUUUAGGCAAGCCUAUCCAGAUAAUGUGUUUUAGUCUGUGUUUUAGCAUAUCGUUGAAUUUAAUUGUUUUUCGAAUGUUUAAAAUAGUUGUUUUUAACAGAUAA